AUGUCGGCGGCGCUCAUCGCCUUGUCGGUGAUCUGGCUGUUGUCGCCACCGGCCGCGCGGGCGGCGGACCUGGCGCCAAUCGAGACGGCAACUAUGCUGUCCGGCGCCAAUUCCACGAGCGACUGGCCGGCGGCCACGGUGACGGAGAGUGCACAAGGGCGGCGGCUGCUGCAAGUCGUCCAGCCUGAUGGCAGCAUCACCUAUACCAUGCCCAGCAAUGCCACUGUCUACACCAGCCCAGCUGGGUCCAGUCUCAUCGACAUCCUGGGCCCGUUGUUGGGAGUCCUUGGGCUGCAGGUCAACAAAGUAACAACGCAGCCUAAGCUGGGCACGGUGGUGGUCAG